AUGGUUAUUGAACAUGGUUUGUCAACCAAAUUUCAUCCAUAUCCUUAUAGUAUCGAAGUUGAAGAUGAUGAUGUUUUAGAGAUCCAAGUACUAGCUAUCAACCUCGAGUCUAGUCGCGUGGUUGCUGCUUCAGGAGACUUCAAGUGUGACAACCCGGGGAGAGAUUUUGCUGCUCAGAAUGCUGAAGGAGUAAUCAAAACAACUCUCUUCGAAGUUGUAGACGGGGACAUGGGAUACAAUAUCAUCAUGGGAAGGCCAUGGUUACACGAGAUGAAAGUUGUGCCUUCAACGUAUAACCAAUUUUUGAAAUUUCUGACACCUGAGGGGAUCAAGAAGAUAAGGGGUGAUCAACUGGCAGCAAGGGAUAUGAAUGUAAUUUCGGUCUCCAGUAGAAAAGGAAAAGAUCACACGACAUAG